ACUGCCUACAGAUGAUAAUAAUAGUAUCAAACUCCAUGUGAGAAAUUGAUUUUGAGCAGAGUAUGGAGAUGUUUUGCUAAUUCUAGGAAAUUGUGUUUUCUGUUCAUACAUGAGGAAAACUGUAUAAAAAAAUCAUACUUCUUUCAUUUUGACAACGAAGCUCACAUUCUGUACCAUCUUAUUUUGGGACUCUGUAGCCUGCAUAAUUGUGUAUUUUCCUCCUGGUAUUUCUUAUUUCUGACUUUAAAUAUUUUUAAUUUAUAUUUUACAGGAUUAUUAUAUGUUUUUUAUUUGAGUUUUAUAUUAAUUUUUAAAUUAAAAUAACACAUGCACGUAAUUUUUACAAAAAUCAAAUAGAAUUUAAAUUUGUAUGUAAAAACAAUUUCUCUCUAUUAUCUCCCUCUACAGACUUAACCACUUAAACAGUGAUGGGAAGAUUUGUGUGUGCACAGUUAAUUUUAUUGCUUGGGCAACCGUAUAGUCUGGUGAUUAGGGAUUGAACUGGCCUUUUUGUUGGGAACUCCCAAACAUCUGUGUCUCUUAGUCCUCAGGCAAAGAAUCCAUCUUCUGCCAGGGGACUGGACUGUUGGCGCCUGCUAGCAUUCUAGGAACAAAAUGGUAGGAGGGGCUGUGCUGAAGAAUCUCAAUCAUUUAAAAUACAGAGAUUAACUUAUUUUCCCUAUUUUAAAAUUAAUUUUUAUUAUACGUUUAUUAGUUUUUUUUGAAUGGGGAAUACAUAUAAUGGUAAACGGUUUAAAGGAGAUGAAAGAAGGUAGAAUGAAAAGGUGGACUCUCAUCUUGUGCCCCAGGCAGCCAGUUUCCUGCCUCGGGAGUAUUGCUCGUCUCUGGUGUGAUCUUUCUGUGUGUGUGUUUAUAUUUCCCCCCAACACACAUAGCAGUAGCAUAUUGUACACACUAUUCUGUCCUUUUUUUUUUUUUUCAACCACUUAAUCUGUGUUUGGUUUUCUUUGCUUUAGGGAGCUAUGUUUCUUUCUUAAAAGUUCAUGUUUUUGUCCUGUAUAUUACCUUAGUAACUAUGAUUUUGUAUAAUAUACUUAAUCUUCUCUUUCUUCUGUCAGUGUUUACUGACUUCCCUCUGUUGAACAGUUACUAGUUUUAUUUUCAUUUCCCUUUCUCUCCCCUGCGUCCUUUCCCCUCCAGAUUUGAUGAUUAUAUUGUUUGAUUAGUGUAAGGUAGAUCUGUCUGCAGGCAAACCUUCAUACGCAGAUUUCAACUCUUUCUCUCAUUUUCAGCCCCCUAGCUUCAUUCCUACAGUUCUUAUAUUCAGUCCUCCAGUUUCUGAGCCUUGGCACGGCAAGUUGCUUCAUUGUCAUCAGUAUGUUCUCUUGAGGUUCUUGAGUUAAGGCCUUCUCCCCUCUGCUAAAUCAGUUAUCACUCUUCCAACCACUUUUUUAAAAUUUAAUUUUAUAUUGGAGUAUAGUUGAUUUACAAUAUUGUGUUAGUUUUAGGAGUACAGCAAAGUGAUUCAGUUACACAUAUACAUAUAUCCAUUUCUUUUUCAGAUUCUUUUCCCCUGUAGGUUAUUACAGAAUAUUGAGUAGAGUUCCAUGUGCUAUACUAUACAGUAGGUCCUUGUUGAUUAUCUAGUUUAUAUGUAGUGUGAAUAUGUUAAUCCCAAACUCCCUCCCCACUGCAACCACUUACUAUCUUCUGAAAAUAUUUUGAAAUUUCUCAUCUUUUGACAAAUUCUUUCCCAUUACUUGUCCUGUGGUUUUAUCUCUUUUUUGCCCCUUUAUUUCAUUUUCUUGGAGUUUCAAGAGGAAGAAGAAAUCAUGUGAGGUGGUCUGUCAUAUUUAACCAGAAGUCUAAAAUAAAUUAAUUUAAAAAAUUAACUGAGAACAGCAAAAAGUGCGCGGGAGCUGGGCGGGUGCGCGGACGCCGGGGCCGGGCCCCGCUGCGCCCCGCCGCGCCCCGCCACGCCCCGCUGCUCGGGGGGCAUGUCUCACAGCCCGAACUUGACCGCGCACAUGCCCGCCACCUCCCUCAGCGCCUCUGGGAGCGUCCACCCGCCCUCCACCAGUAUGGCGACGUCUUCCCAGUACCGCCAGCUGCUGAGUGACUACGGGCCGCUAUCUCUGGGCUAUGCCCAGGAAACUGAGAAGAGCCAGGUGCCCCAGAGCAAAUACGCGGAGCUGCUGGCCAUCAUCGCAGAGCUGGGGAGAGAGGUCAGACCCCUCUCCGCGGGCAGCUGGAGCGCGAUGGGGACCCUGAAACGCGGCAUCAUCCACGCACGAGGGUUGGUGCGGGAGUGCUUGGCAGAAACGGAACGGAAGGCCGGGUCCUAGCUGCCUAGUGAGCCUGGAAGGUUUUCUGUCUUCUUCCGAGAGGAGAAGUUACAGUAGUUCAUCUCUCCUGUUAGGAUGAAACUUUGUUUUCAAAAUGGCAACAGUUUUGUUUCUCCUCCCCCCCGCCCCUCCCGUGGUUCACCAGGCUCCGAAUCUACAGCCUGUAAGAUUGAGGAAAGAUUUUGUGGUUGAUGGGGAGUUACAUUUUAACUUUUUUUUUUUUUUUUUUUUGUGGUACGCGGGCCGCUCACUGCUGUGGCCUCUCCCGUUGCGGAGCACAGCCUCCGGAUGUGCAGACUCAGCGGCCAUGGCUCACGGGCCCAGCCGCUCCGCGGCAUGUGGGAUCUUCCCAGACCAGGGCACGAAGCCGUGUCCCGAACCCGUGUCCCCUGCAUCGGCAGGCGACUCUCAACCACUGCACCACCAGGGAAGCCCAAUGGGGAGUUACAUUUUAAAUAGUGAGGAACUACCCAGGUGUUGUUGUUGUUGUUUUUCAAAGCAUUGAUUCAAAAGAGGCACGUAAAAAUUACCUGUCUUACAGCACACUAGUUUGCCUCCAAGAUACCAGUGUCUCAUUCUCCUCUUUUGAAUACAUUUAUGUUACCCGCAUUGUUCUUUGUUCCUUUUCGUAAGCUGAUACAACUUGAAGGGGUUUUUUUUGUAGUGCGGACUUGACAGCACACUUAACUAGUAGCUGGUCCCCUCGUUUCCCAUACACUAUAGAUUCUGCUUAAUGUAAUUUCUUUUUUGCUUAAGCAUUUGCAUGACUAUUAGUGCUUUGAAGUCAAUUUUAAAACCCAAUUUUAGAACCCAGAACCACCUAAAUGGUCUUGUCAAAAGACUGAACCUGAGGGCUUCCCUGGUGGCGCAGUGGUUGAGAGUCCGCCUGCCGAUUCUAGGGGACGGGGGUUCGUGCCCCGGUCCGGGAAGAUCCCACAUGCCGCGGAGCGGCUGGGCCCGUGAGCCAUGGCCGCUGAGCCUGCACAUCCGGAGCCUGUGCUCUGCAACCGGAGAGGCCACAACAGUGAGAGGCUCGCGUACCACAAAAAAAAAAAAAAAAAAAAACACAAGUUAUAAAUACAGAAGAAAGAGCAACCUCCCAAACCAAACCUAACAAGGAUCCCGAAAUUUUUUCUGAGACUGUAUGUAGAUUUCAGUUCUGCCUUUCCUGUAAGUUGAUCCAAACAUCUGGAAGAAAAUGGAACUGUUUGCAUCUUUUUAUUUAUUACUCGAUGUAAUAAGGCUUAUUUUCAUUAA